AUGGACACCCUCUUUGCGUGGAUGGCACACAGUUUGGUGUCCUCGAACAGACCGACCAGGUAAGCCUCGCUAGCCUCCUGCAGGGCUAUCACGGCGGAGCUCUAGAAGCGCAGGUCGAUCUUGAAGAACUGGGCGAUUUUUCUCCCCAGGCGCUGGCAGAGCUCGUAACGGGGAGGCGCUCCUGCGCGCAGACUUGGCGGCUAGCUGCUUCCUGUAGGCUUUGCCACGGGUGGAUUUGCGAGCGGUUUGCUUGGUUCUGGCCAUGGCGCUUGCUUCCUUCUUUGACAGUCGGAGUAUAGCCUUGAAAUGCCCAUGUGAAAUGUAUAAAGCCGGCAGUGGCAUCUGCUGAUUGGACACCAUCUCCCCACCACCCCGAUUGGCCCGUUGCGGAGGACUCCUCUGUCGGUUACUGGAAGGGAUGCUUUUCUUCUUUUUUUUUUAGGACCGCGCGCCCAACACAAUACACUGCGCGCCAAAAACAAUAGUCCACUAAGCGCGUGCGUACAAUAGCACACUGCUGGCCCUUUGCGCGCAAUAAUAGUCGUCAAAGUCAAGAGUGAAAUCUUGUGUUAUAUUUUAAUGCUAGCCUGUUAUCGCAAACGAGGCCAAUAGUACACUGCCUGCACACAACUACACACUGCGCGCUGGCAAAAGCACACUGACAGUCGGGAGUAUAGCCUCGAAAUGCAGAGACGCGCCAUGGCCAGAACCAAGCAAACCGCUCGCAAAUCCACCGGUGGCAAAGCCCCCAGGAAGCAGCUCGCCACUAAGGCUGCUCGCAAGAGUGCCCCGGCCACCGGCGGUGUGAAGAAGCCUCACCGUUACAGGCCCGGCACCGUGGCUCUGAGAGAGAUCCGUCGUUACCAGAAGUCCACUGAGCUACUCAUCCGCAAGCUGCCCUUCCAGCGCCUGGUGAGAGAAAUCGCCCAGGACUUCAAGACCGACCUGCGCUUCCAGAGCUCCGCCGUGAUGGCCCUGCAGGAGGCUAGCGAGGCUUACCUGGUCGGCCUGUUCGAGGACACCAACCUGUGCGCCAUCCACGCCAAGCGGGUGACCAUCAUGCCCAAGGACAUCCAGCUGGCCCGCCGUAUUCGUGGAGAGCGCGCAUAAAUGAGGAUGACCUGAACUCGAAAAUCCCCCAAAGGCUCUUUUAAGAGCCACCUCCAUAUUUCCAUCAAAAAGGCACAAUUGUUCCAUGUAUACACGCACCUCUACAUUAGCCACCAUGUAUGUUGUUCACUAACACGUCUAAAAUCUACGUAUUGCACCUUUUAGUUGCCUGAAGUCUAGCUUCAAUGUUUGUGUGUGUGUGUGUAUAUACUCUGGCAUCAUCCACUUCCUUUGAACUAUAGUAGCACAGUAAAAUGCUUUACAAAGGAGGGGGAAAAGAAACGAGUGAUAAUAUAGGCCGAAUAGUAACAAGAAUUGUGUUCAGAUGAAUAAUUGACACUAUUAGUUGUGUGUAAUAAUAGCCUUGCAUGCAGUCCAGAAAAAACAUUGCAUGCCAACUUACUUUGAAAGUCCCAUGUUGCAGUGCUGCUGAGAGACUCAUGCAGAGGCCAAAACUUUACAGUGGAGCACGGAGUCCAUCUUGUGGUUAAAUGUGGGUACAGCCCAUGUGUGCGCACAUCAUGGUGAUUCCCUUUCAGUAUUUGCUCUUUAGGCCAGCGUUUCCCAAACGCGGUCCUGGGGUCCCCAAGGGGUUUUGCCCUAGCACUCCACAGCUGAUUCUAAUACUCCAGCUUGAUGAUGAUGAGUUGAUUAUUUGAAGCAGCUGUGUAGUGCUAGGGCAAAAACUGGUCCUCUGUAGCUCAGCUGGUAGAGCACGGCGCUUGUAACGCCAAGGUAGUGGGUUCGAUCCCCGGGACCACCCAUACACAAAAAUGUAUGCACGCAUGACUGUAAGUCGCUUUGGAUAAAAGCGUCUGCUAAAUGGCAUAUUAUUAUUAUUAUUAUAAAACUCCCAAAACGUGCCCCGAGUUUGGGAAACCCUGCUUUAGGCUAAUACUAGCCUAUUAGGAUGACUUGGUUCGAUCGCUUUAAUGGCAACUGCUGAACUCUGGUUUUCACUAAUUACUUGUCCCAUGUCACCAUUAUGAAUCCAAUAGCAAAACAAAUGUUUCAAAAUUGCUCAAUAGUGAAAGAAGGGCAGGAAACGAUGGGUUCUCAGCAAUAUUUAUAGAAUAUUUCACCAACAACCAAUCACUAUUCAAGCAUAGACAUUAGGAUCAUCAACAAAUAUUCCUAAGUCAUACUACAAAAGGGUUGUAACGAAAUGGAUUUGUCUGUUCAAUGCAAGUUCAACGUCAAAGAAAAAGUGCAUCACCACAACAAACGUGUCUUUAGAUACACUGUAAAAAAUGACUUUGUGGAAUGUACUCAAGCUAUUACAGUCAACAAAAGCACACGUCAUAUUAUUGAGUAGAUCUUUUUGCUUGUUUUUAUGAGUAGAUAAGCUUGAGUAAGUUGUUUAGAUGUGGUCCAAUACAUAGAGUAAAGAUGAUAGAGGUAAAAAAUGAUUAUAUUACGUUGAUUCAACUCAAAUAGACAUUGUGUUAUUUUACCUGAAUGAUUCAUCCUAUUAUGUAUUUAGACCAAGUCAGAAAAAUGUUCACAUUUUUACUUUGGAUUCACUCAAUCAGAUCCCUUAAGAGAAAAGGUAUCCGGACACCGGGAAUCCAUUUAUUUAAACAUCAACGGUUUGCAAAACAUCUGUUAUUAUGAGAUGAGAAAUUACGGAUUUGCAAUCAACACUGCAGGUAAAUCCUGAUUGCUGCAGGUAGGCAAAACCGUAGAAAUAGGAACUACAACACUAACUAGUAUAGGAUCUCUGUGGGCAGAACCAUUACUUACGAGAGAUACAAUGGAGCUUCAACCCCAUAGACGUCACGGGGAACAAAAUAUUCUCAUAGUAACCAUGGAUACCUACGGAAAUGGAGGCUCAAAUAGCUCGUGUUUGCACUGUGGGAUAUUUUUCAAACUACAAUGCCAAAACAUUGAACAACCCCAAUAAUCUAAACACUUUUACUCGUUUGUUCCUAUAAAAUUUAUCUGUUCACGAGCACUGCUGAUGGAUGCCACCUAUAUUACUUUGGUAAUUUUUCCUUUAACCCAUUAAUGUUGUAGGUGCGCCUUUUUUCAACAGUUCCCAAUAGAAAUCUGUACCGCACCUGCUGCUAUUUCAACCUCUAAAUGGCGGCCUAUGAAAAGCCAAGUGACGUUUACUCCUGAUGUACCGACUGUACCGACUGACCUGUUGCAACCUCUACAACCACUGUGCUUAUUAUUUGACCCUGCUGGUCUUCUAUGAACGUUUGAACAUCUUGGAGAGAAAUGUGCCCUUAAUGGCCACGUACUGUUGUAAUCUCCACCCGGCACAGGCAGAAGGGCACUGGGCACCCCUCAGAGCCUGGUUGUUCUCUAGGUUUGUGCCUUUCUAGGGAGUUUUUCCUAGCCACCGUGUUUCUACAUCUGCAUCGCUUGCCGUUUGGGGUUUUAGGCUGGGUUUCUGCAUAGCACUUUGUGACAUCUGUUGAUGUAAAAAGGGCUUUAUAGAUCCACUUCAUUGAUUGAUUGAUUGAUGGUAGAAUUGUCAAAAUACCAGUGGUAAAAGGUGUGUACCUUGAUGAAACCUCAAAAUGGUACGUACAACGGAUUCAAAAAUGGACAUUACAUUUUACAAUGACAUCCUUCAUUAAAAACACCUAUUUGGUAUCUCUUGUAUACAAAAACACAAUGGAAAAUACCGUGGCAGUGACCCUUUAAAACACACCUUGCAGAAUAAACGUGUCUUCCUUACCCUCUAACCUCUUUAGCCUAGAUGACCGCCACGGGCCCAUCGGGGACGGGGUCCCAGACCGCAAUGUGCUCGAGCCCCGCCUCUCGGUGACCAUCCCCCGGUAG